GAACACUCGAUCUCGUCGGCGCAUGUGGUGGUGAUGGGUCGCCGCCACCACGUCCUUCAUGUCCUCUGCGCGGCGACAAGGUGAACAAGGAAACAAGGAGGAGGGAGGGAAUGGACGACGACAACAGUCUCCUUCAUUUUCUUGAGACCCCGAGCAAGCAUUACAGCAAGACGUGCGAUGGAUUCGGAUCCCAAAAUGAUGGCGGCGACCACUCCGAUUCAUCAGAUACGGAUCCAUCUAAUGCAAGGGAAAGAUUGGAACAUCUUCUGAACCAACCUGCCAACAAAUUCUGCGCAGACUGUGGCACCCCAGAUCCAAAGUGGGCGGCAUUGCCUUUCGGUGCAUUCAUUUGCAUCAAGUGCUCUGGAACUCACAGAAGUCUUGGAGUACACAUAUCGAAGGUGAUUUCGGUGAAUCUGGACGAAUGGACGGAUGAUGAAGUCAACUGUUUAGCUAAUUCAGGCGGGAAUGCUACUGUGAACACUAGAUAUGAAGCAUUUUUACCUGAGAACUACAAAAAGUCAAGAGUGGAUUUCGCUACAGAGGAGCGUGCUACUUUCAUUAGGAAAAAAUAUGAGCUUCAACAAUUUGUGACUGAUCCACAAUUUGCAUGUCCUUUGCGCAAACCUGGAUCAAAUAAACAUCAUAACCAGCAACACAGUAGCAGCAAACAUGGUACUUUCAGAAAUAGCUGGAGGAAAAAGGACCAUGAUCACAAAGGAGUAAAAAAACAGAUGGAAAUCGGCAUGGUAGAAUUCGUUGGAUUAAUUAAGGUUGACAUCAUAAGGGGCAUAAAUUUAGCUGUUCGUGAUGUGAUGUCAAGUGAUCCAUAUGUUAUGAUUAUCCUAGGACACCAAUCCAUGAAAACAAGGGUGAUAAAGAACACCCUGAACCCUAUAUGGAAUGAAAGAUUAAUGCUAUCAAUCCCUCACCCGGUGCCGCCUCUUAAAGUGCAAGUCUUCGACAAGGACACAUUCAGCGCUGACGACCGAAUGGGGGAGGCUGAUGUUGAUAUCCAGCCAUUGAUCUCUGCAGCAAGAGAGUACCAGAGCUCUAUGAACACAGAAUCGGCGCAGAUCUGCACAUUCUUGGCAAGUGAGAACAGCAUUCUAGUCAAGGACAGUGUCAUUGCGAUUGUCGAUGGUAAGGUGGAGCAGGAGAUCGCGCUGAGGCUUCAGGACGUCGAGCAUGGGGAGCUUGAGAUCAAGCUCGAGUGUGUGCCCCUCAGUCAGUAGCUGCGUUUUUCCACUGAGAUGAAAUGUUCCAUGGCUGUGAUCAAUUCUAAAAUCGCUUUGCACUACGGGGAGAUAUUUUCUUGUUGAGUUUACUGCAUGCCUGUAAUUGUCAUGCUGAAGGAUUUCAUGGAUGUGAAAUGUUGUAUAGAUAGGAAUCAAAAGUUAAACUCAUA